AUGUCGAGCUUCGUACCUAAGCCUGCAUCUGACCUUGCCAAGCUUCAACCUCUUGACGGCCUAAACUAUCGUCGUUGGGCAGUCAAGAUGCUCAUACACAUCGAAUCUGCUGAACUGGAAUACGUUCUCACGUAUGUUCCUGAACCUGCUCAAGCGAAAGCUGCUGACUCCACUAAUCCUCAAACAGAGGACGGCUCCACUUCAACCCCUGCGUCUGUAACACCUGAACCUGUCACAACUGACAAGUCUCAAGACAUCCGGGCUAAGUUCGAGCGGGACAACAAAACGGUUCGCGGUCUUCUGCUGCAUCACAUGUCUGACAACCUGUUAGACAUCUAUGCUAAAUACAAAUCUGCAAAGGAGAUCUGGGACAUGCUCAAAAGGAAGUAUGGCGCUGAUGAUGCUGGUCGGAGGAAGUACACGGUUGGGAGGUGGCUCAACUAUCGUAUGGUGGAUACGAAACCGGUGAUCGAGCAAGUGCACGAAUAUGAGAAUCUGGUGUCCGACCUUGAAGCUGAACUCAUUCCGGUAAGUGAAGUGCUACAAACCUAUGCCUUACUUGAGAAGUUGCCAGAAUCCUGGGGAGAGUUUCAAAACAAAGUAAAACAUGAGUCCAAGGAUUACUCCUGGGAAGAGAUGGUCAAUCACAUCAACAUAGAAGACGCCUAUCGACAAAGGUCUGUUUCUAAUUCUGGUACGUUAAAAGCUAACAUGGUUGAAUCCAGUGAUGUUAAAGGUGAUAGGUCCAGAACUGGGAGUGGUGGACAAAAUAAAGGCUGGAAAAGAGGAGUCAAAGCCAACAAUAACAACAAGUUCAAAAACAACUAG